AUGAGCAUAAAACGGCGUGUGUUUCUUUUUCUAUUUCUGUUCGGUAAAGUGUCUCUUUUGGAUAAUGGAUUGGCGAGAAAGCCUCCUAUGGGAUGGAUGUCUUGGGGUUAUUUCAUGUGCGGUGUCGACUGUGAGACGCAUCCACGAAAAUGUCUAAAGCAAAAACUUAUCCUCUCUGUGGCAGACACAUUUUACAAUGAAGGCUACCAAGAAGCUGGUUUUGAGUACAUAAUUAUAGACGACUGCUGGUCUGAAAAGCAAAGGGAUAGAAACGGCAGGCUAGUGCCUGAUAAAAAGAGAUUUCCCAAAGGAAUGAAGUACAUCGCUGACUAUAUUCACUCUCGUGGACUAAAAUUCGGAAUGUACACAAAUGUAGCUGAAAUCACAUGUAUGCAUUACCCUGGUUCUAAAGGUCACUUCAGUACAGACGCCAAAAUGUUUGCAGAUUGGGGCGUGGAUUAUAUCAAAGUGGAUGGAUGUUUUGUGGGCGAAGCGUUUCUAAAUAAAGCAUAUAUAAAAUUUGGACAGCACCUCAACGCGUCAGGUCGGCCGAUGGUUUAUUCAUGUAGCUGGCCCUACUACAUAGAGUUUAUACAUCACAAAACUCCGGACUACAAGACAAUAUCUCGGCACUGCAACAUGUGGCGCAAUUACCACGACGUGGUCACAUCAUGGCAGGCCAUUAAGACCAUCAUAACACAUUACAAGUCUGCCUAUGACCAGUUGAGUGGACACCACGGCCCGGGACAAUGGAAUGAUAUGGACAUGCUAAUAUUCGGCACUGGAUCGCUAACAGACAGCCAGAGCCGCGUCCAUCUCGCCGUAUAUUCGAUGUUAGCCGCGCCGCUGCUACUGAGUUGCGACACGAGCAGAAUAACUAAGUACGAAAAGGAAUUGCUAUUGAACUUGGAGUUAUUGGCGAUCGCUCAGGAUCCUUUGGGCAUUAUGGGGAGGCCGUUUGAGUUAGAAACAUCAAUAACCCUAUGGGUUAAAUCACAUCUCCCGCGGAAAGGCGACAAAUAUCAUUCCGUCUCUUUUGCUCUAAUCAACUUAGAGGAGCACGCAUCGUCUGUCACUUUCACGCCAGGCCUCUACGGACUUAAUUCAACAGAUGGAUAUACUGUCAUGGAUGUUUUUACAAGAGAAUUUAUAAGGAAUGUUACCUUAAAUGAGUCGAUAUUAGUAACAGUGCCAGAGGAAGACGUAAUCCUGUACACUCUAUUCCCCUUGUAA